AUGAUGAUUACCUGUGCACAGACCGCUCAAUAUUUGUUGACAACUAACAUUCAGAGCGGAGAGACGUACAUAUGCUGGAGAGAAAAAGAAUAAAUGCAAUCAAAACCGCAUGAUGGGGACUGUUUAUUUCUCUUUUAAAACUGCAUUAUGUUUGUACGUAGUGUAUUUUGUCUGUGCAUACAAUAUUACCGACGAGGACCAGCUCCACAAAGAUCUGUUCACAAACUACAACAACGAACUCCGUGCUGGAAAUGACCGAGACUUUCCACUCAACGUAUCCAUGACAUUCUAUUUGAUGGCCAUCAAAGAAUUCGUGGAGGCCACGAGUAAAUUCUCUGUAAAUGGCGUAUUUUCGAUAACGUGGCGAGACGAACGAUUAUCUUGGAACCCAGCGAUGUACCAAAAUAUUCAACAGACAAUGGUUUCUCAAAAUAAGAUCUGGUUGCCAACCAUGAUAAUCUCAAACCCGUUUAAAGAAGCUCACGGACUUGGGAGUGAUUUGGUUAAGAUCUACCUUUUUAGUGAUGGUUCGUGUGUUUGGAUCAUCAUGCAGUCUUUCGAAGUUAUAUGUGAUGCCAACGUGAAAUAUUAUCCUUUUGAUAAGCAGUUUUGUUCUCUAAGAUUCGGCACAUACGGGUUUGACAGAAAUUGGCUGAAUAUAACCUUUCCAACUUCUAAAAUUGGUAUGAUUCAUUAUGAGGAAAAUGGCUUGUGGGAGAUUGAGAACACAGCGGCAUACUGUACCGCCGACCAUGGACCGGUGGAAGUAGUCUUUGAACUCUACAUGAAACGUCGAUCUACUUACUACGUAGCAAGUUUGUUAGUCCCUAUGACGUUUGUAGCUGUUUUACAGUCAUUCGUUUUUCUACUUCCGAACGAGUCGGGAGAGAGGAUAGGAUUUUCCGUGACAAUGUUACUGGCGAGCGUCGUGUUUCUGACUCUUAUUCAGGAGAAACUUCCGGAAUCAUCCGAGCCCAGCAUCUCCAUACUGGGUUACCUGUUGCUAGGAUACAUUACUCUCGGGGGUAUACAAACUCUAGCCGUUAUACUCAGUUCUAACUUUUUCAUACAAACCAAACCUGUCCCAAAAUGGUUGAAAAUAAUAUCAUGUCAAGAGCUGAACAAAGUAGAAGAUAAACCUCCGAGGAAUAAGAGUGAAGAAAAUUCAGUUAAAGAGCUCGAUGAUGAUUCUUUGAAAGAGAAAUACGAAGUGUGUUGGAGGAAGAUAAGUAGAUCAUUCGAUCGAGUAUGCUUUAUAUUGUCUUUGAUCGUAUUUGCUAUUCAAAUAAGCAUUUACAUUGCUAUGGUUUACAUAUGA